AUGUCACCUCCACCCGUGGUGGGACAGGGUGGGUUCAGGUGGUGGCAGGGGAGCGUGGUCACCACUCGCUCGGCGCUGGGCGGCGAGUCCCAGCGGCGGAAGGUGCAGAUGCAGCGGGUGGCGGCGGUGCACGUCGGCGGGGGGCUGCCCGAGCGCCUGCGGCUGUACGACGGCUGGGCCGCCCGCUACGACCAGGAUGUGGCGGCGCUGGAGUACCGGGCACCGGAGCUGGCCGCCGCUUCGCUCGCCUUCGCCUUCCCCGCGCCGCCCGCCGGGGCGCGGCUGCUCGACGUGGCCUGUGGCACCGGCCUCGUAGCGCGGGAGCUCCACCGCCGCGGCUUCCGCUGCCUGCACGGCGUGGACGGCAGCGCGGGGAUGCUGGAGCGGGCGCGGAGUACCGGCCUCUACCAGCGGCUGCUGCCCUGCGUCGUGGGCCGGGAGCCGCUGCCCGCGCCCGCAGAGCACUAUGACGCUGUGACGGUGGUGGGGGCCCUGGGCGAGGGGCAGGUGCCGAGCGCGGCCGUGCCGGAGCUGCUGCGUGUCACCAAGCCGGGAGGCUUCCUCUGCCUGACGACAAGGAGCAACCCCUCGAACCUGCGGUACAAGGUGGAGCUGGAGGCAGUGCUGGAGAGGCUGGAGAGGCAGGGAGCCUGGCAGAAGGUGCUGGCCCAGGAGGUGGAGCGCUGGGAGAGGGCCACCUCUGAGGAAGAGAGCACCCAGGGCACCGGCUACAUCUCUGGGGUGGUCUACAUCUAUCAGAAAUGCCCCAUCCCCCCCCUCGAGGAGGGCUGA